AGAAGUACCCGACAUGUGACGGAUUGAUCCACUUGCUUAACAACUAAGCCUCUGUUCUACUUGGAUGGUCAUCGAUUCGUAACGUUUAAAAAUACGGACUGUCGGCUCUACUAUUUCGAAAUGCACGAAACGAUUAUCUGAAUAAGACAUAGAUAACCAGGAAAUACCGAGUGUUUACGCAAUUGCUGAAUUAAUAAGGAUAUAUUUACUAUAGUUGGACUGUUCGUUUGGGGGAUUAUUUGCAUCCUGUUGUGAGGAUAGUCUCUAACUAUGACGGACGAUAAUAAGUGCUUUUUCAUCGUCGCGGUUGCUAUUGGAAUCCCGGUUCUAUUAAUUGUGAUCUUGGUUCCUGUUAGUUUUUCUGGACUGGAAUAUUAUGAGUACGGGUUCAAGCGACAGAAGUCCACAGGAACCGUGGAUAAGACUGAGGUAUACACCACCGGCAAACACUUCGUGGGACCCGAUGUGGAAUUCAAAACCUUUAACUCGGACGCACAUUUUGUGACACUGAGCGAUGUAGCGAUUUUUACCGCUGACAAACUAGAGGUGAAAAUGACCGCCUAUCUCCAGUACUUCCUCCGGAAGGACGAACUGGUGCUCCUCCAUGACGCCUACGACACGGAUUACAAGGACAUCAUCAAAAACAGCGCGCUGGACGCUCUCAAGGGUGCCACUACGGGGUACAAUACAAGAGAACUUGUUGCAAACCGUAAGAUUAUGGAGGAUAACAUUUAUAAAGCGGUCAGUCAGAGACUCGGGGGCACCUGUUGUCGAUCAGACUGUACCGCUUACAAGUUUGCAUGUCCCACCGGCUGUAAGACAACCUGCACCUCCACGGACAAAGGCUAUUACGUGGACGUGAAGUAUUUCCAGCUUGGCUCCAUCACCAUCCCUAACGAUGUCCAGAGUCAGUACAUGAAGGCACUGACCCUGCAGGAAGAGGCUGACCGUGAGAAGCUGCUACAGGACGCGCAGGUCGUCAGGAAAAACACCACAGCAAUGGUACAACUUAUCAAAAACGAGGCCCUGGAAAUUCGAGAAAACGGUACAGCCAUUGCAAACCUGAUUACGGUGACGUCACAGGCCAACUACACCGCCUCACUGGAAACAGCGCGGUCUGAUGGACUGAAGCAAGUCUUCAGUACUCUAGGGUUUACUCAACAACAAUAUAAGAACAGCUUUGAUUAUUUGAAAACCCUUCGAGGAUUGGACAAGGCUCAUCUCACAGUGGACUUCCAGCAGAGAAUUGUGGGAAAUUUAUAGUAUCAAAAUUAAUUUACAUUCUCCAUUUAUUUGUAUAUGUCAUGAUUAAUCUAUAGCUAUUCAUCUUUGUACUAACUCAUUGUAACUCAUUUUACUGUCAUUUAUUUAUUUAUUUAUAAACCCACAAAAGCUUACUUUGAUUGAUAUUUUAACUCGGAGAUUUCUUUUAAUCAAUGUACAUCGAAUCAAUGUAUUGUAAUCAUGAACGAUUGACGAGUAUUUUAAGUAAAGGUAUUGGCAUAUUGGUUUAGAGAAAAAUCUAGUACAUAUACCGGCAUUUUGGGUAGAACAUCAAGAUCAUGAUGGAAUAUAGAAAAUGUACAAUUAGACCUCUUAUUUACACAAGUUCGGGCAAGAUUUUUCAAAAAUGUUCAAUGCCAAUGUUAACAUAUGUAUGACAAUGUCAAUUUUUUGCUGAUAACCUAUAAAUACUGAUAUUUACCUAUUAUACUUUAUGUUUGUUGUACAAUGCAUUAUAUUUUGUGUAUGUAAAUUGUUAGUUGGUUUCUCUUUUUUGUGUCUCCCUUAUUAUACUCAGGUAAAAAUUCAACUUCUCCGAAAACAGAAAAGGAUUCCAACUGUUGAAGAUCGACGAAAUUUAUUUUAAUAAAUUGUUAGUAAAUAUUCAUUCUGUUCCUUACAUGCCUUAAUAAUUAUUAAAGUAUAACUAAAGUAAAUAUAGUAUUAAUUUGUAGUAAAAAACGUAACAUUUUAAAAAGAAAGUUUCUAGAUAAAAUGUUAUCUGUUACAAUAAAACAAAAAACAAUUGAACUUAUA